UGCUGUGUAGCGUUGUGCUGUUGGGUUGUUUCCCUAAAUCAUUUAACUAUGGGGGCAGGUGUGCCUGUGGUUGGUGGCACUGGGCAGCAAGGAUGAACACAAAUGUAUCAUUCAAGGACAAAGCUGACAAAGCAUGUGACAAAAUUCUGAUCAAGUCCUUUUGCUGUUGCAACUUCAGGGUAUUGAGAUGCAUUGGGAAGGCCCUAUGAGAAAAAGGGAAAGCUAAGGAUGCUGGAGCAGAACAAUGGAUUUCUCUUUCUCUUUCAUGCAAGGGAUCAUGGGAAACACAAUUCAGCAACCACCUCAGCUCAUUGACUCAGCCAACAUCCGCCAGGAGGAUGCCUUUGAUGCCAGCAGUGACAUUGCUGAAGAUGGUGGACAGACGCCGUACGAAGCUGCCCUACAGCAAGGCUUUCAGUACCCAACACCCACGGCGGAGGAUCUGCCCCCCAUUGCUAAUGGCUACCCGGCCACCAUCAAUAUGUACGAACCUCAAGCCAAAUUCCAGACGUACAGUCAAUAUCCCAAUGGUUCUGCCAAUGGUUUUGGUACAGCUAGAAACUUUAGUCCCCCGGAGUAUUACCACAUGGAAAACUCGAACGCGAGGCCGCAUGAAGUUCUGGAAAAGCCUUCCCCUCCACAGCCACCCCCAGCCCCACCUUCAGUUUCACAGACGGUGAUUCCAAAGAAGACUGGCUCACCAGAAAUCAAACUAAAAAUAACCAAAACUAUCCAGAACGGCAGGGAAUUGUUUGAGUCCUCUCUUUGUGGGGACCUUUUAAAUGAAGUACAAGCGAGUGAGUAUGCUAAGGCAAAACAUGAAGGGAGGAAAGAGAAAAGGAAAAAAAGUAGCAAGCACGACUCUUCCCGAUCGGAAGAGCGCAAGUCGCACAAAAUCCCAAAAUUAGAACCAGAGGAACAAAAUAGACCAAACGAGAGGCUUAGCAUGCUGUCUGAAAGGCCAAGAGAAGAUGCAGUGUUGGAGGAAGCCCCGGUGCAGCAGUUCUUGCCUUCUCUUCCAACACAAGUCAGCCAUGAUGUCAAGUUUCAGGUUGGCGAUCUGGUUUGGUCCAAAGUGGGAACAUACCCAUGGUGGCCUUGCAUGGUUUCAUGUGAUCCACAGCUUGAUGUGCAUACCAAAAUCAAUACAAGAGGUGCCCGUGAAUACCAUGUUCAGUUUUUUAGCAACCAGCCAGAACGGGCGUGGGUGCACGAGAAGCGAGUUCGGGAGUACAAAGGACACAAACAAUACGAGCAGUUAUUGGCAGAGGCUGCUAAGCAAGCCAGCAACCAUUCUGAGAAACAGAAGAUUCGCAAACCAAGGCCGCAAAGAGAGCGUGCUCAGUGGGAUAUUGGUAUUGCCCACGCUGAGAAAGCAUUGAAAAUGACUCGGGAAGAAAGGAUAGAACAAUACACCUUCAUUUAUAUAGACAAAGAGCCAGAGGAGGUUUUGUCAAAAGCCAAAAAGGCCGCUGCUUCUAAAUCAGAGACCAAGAAGAACCGGCGUCCAAAGCCAGCAUUGAACACCCAGCCAGAGCAUGGCAGUGUGAUAACAGGAUCACCUUCCAGUGCAGAGCUGCGAAGGCAGAGCCAACGGAGGCAGUCGAGUGCGGAAGAGGAGGAGCCACCACCUGUGAAAAUUGCAUGGAAAACAGCUGCAGCUAGAAAAUCCUUACCAGCCUCGAUAACCAUGCACAACUUGGAUCUUCAGAAAUGUAACAUGUCUCCGGUUGUUAAAAUUGAACAGGUUUUUGCUCUUCAAAAUGCUGCAGGGGAUGGCAAACUCAUCGAUCAGUUUGUUUAUUCCACUAAGGGAGUUGGUAACAAAGCAGAAAUAAGCGUCAAAGGACAAGAGAAGCUUAAUUCUUCAUCCAGCCAGAGAAAUGAAAAAGCAACGUGCAAUGUGCAGAACGCAUCCUCUCCUGAAACAACUUCUGGGUCAGCAGGUUCUGUAGAAAAGAAGCAACAGAGAAGAUCGAUUCGAACCCGCUCAGAGUCUGAGAAAUCCACCGAAGUUGUGCCAAAGAAGAAGAUCAAAAAGGAGCAGGUUGAAAUGGUUCCACUGGCAGCAGUGAAGACAGGCCUGCAGAAAGGUGCCAGCGAGAUUUCAGAUUCUUGUAAACCUUUAAAGAAGAGGAGUCGAGCCUCAACUGAUGUAGAACUGACGAGCUCAGCUUACAGAGAUGCUUCUGACUCUGAUUCAAGAGGACUCAAUGAUUUACAGGGUAGUUUUGGAAAGCGUUCCGACAGCCCAUCAGCUGCUGUUGAUGCUGAUGCUUCUGAUGUGCAGUCAGUGGACUCCAGCUUAUCCAGGAGAGGAACUGGAACAAAUAAAAAAGACACUGUUUGUCAGAUCUGUGAGAGCUCUGGUGAGUCACUGGUGUCCUGUGAGGGCGAGUGCUGCAGCACCUUUCACAUGGAGUGUCUGGGCCUGAAGGCGAUGCCGGAGGAGAAGUUCUUCUGCACGGAGUGUAAAAAUGGAGAACACACGUGCUUUUCUUGCAAGCUCCCUGGCAAAGAUGUGAAGCGCUGCUCUGUCAGCACCUGCGGUAAAUUCUACCACGAGGCCUGCGUGCGCAAGUUUGCCACAGCUCUGUUUGAGUCAAGAGGAUUUCGGUGCCCUCAGCAUUGCUGCUCUGCCUGCUCCGUGGAGAAGGACAUCCAUAAAGCAAGCAAAGGUCGCAUGGUGAGAUGUUUCAGAUGUCCCAUUGCCUAUCACUCAGGAGAUGGCUGUAUUGCUGCAGGAAGCUUAUUUGUGUCAUCCCACAUUCUCAUCUGUAGUAACCAUUCCAAAAGGAAUCACUCCUCAUCAGCUGUAAAUGUAGGCUUUUGUUUCGUUUGUGCAAGAGGGCUGGUAGUGCAGGAUCAUUCAGACCCCCUGUUCAGUUCAUAUGCCUAUAAAUCCCACUACCUACUGAAUGAAUCAAAUCGUGCUGAGUUGAUGAAAUUACCUAUGAUUCCUCCUCCUUCGUCAGCUUCCAAAAAGAAAUGUGAGAAAGGUGGAAAACUGUUGUGCUGUGAAUCCUGCCCAGCUUCCUUUCACCCUGAGUGUCUCAACAUAGACAUGCCUGAAGGAUGUUGGAAUUGCAAUGACUGUAAAGCUGGCAAGAAGCUACGUUACAAGCAGAUUGUUUGGGUCAAGCUUGGAAAUUACAGGUGGUGGCCAGCAGAGAUCUGCAAUCCCAGGUCUGUGCCUCUCAACAUACAGGGCCUCAAACAUGAUAUCGGGGACUUCCCAGUAUUUUUCUUUGGUUCACAUGACUACUAUUGGGUACACCAGGGCAGAGUUUUCCCUUAUGUUGAAGGAGAUAAAAGCUUUGCUGAGGGGCAAACUAGUAUUAACAAGACCUUCAAGAAAGCACUUGAAGAAGCAGCAAAGCGUUUCCAGGAGCUGAAAGCACAAAGAGAAAGCAAAGAAGCAUUAGAAAUUGAAAGAAAUUCAAGGAAACCUCCACCAUAUAAACACAUUAAAUCCAACAAGGUAAUAGGGAAGGUUCAGAUUCAGGUGGCUGAUCUGUCAGAAAUCCCCCGCUGUAACUGCAAGCCAUCUGAUGAGAACCCCUGUGGUCUGGAGUCCGAGUGUCUGAACAGGAUGCUGCAGUAUGAGUGCCACCCCCAGGUGUGCCCAGCAGGAGAGAGGUGUCAGAACCAGUGCUUCACCAAGAGGCUCUACCCUGAUGCUGAAAUCAUCAAAACCGAUCGACGUGGAUGGGGUCUCAGGACAAAAAGGAACAUUAAAAAGGGUGAAUUUGUGAAUGAAUACGUUGGGGAGCUCAUUGAUGAAGAAGAGUGCAGACUGCGAAUCAAACGUGCCCAUGAAAACAGUGUAACCAAUUUUUAUAUGUUAACAGUUACGAAGGAUCGGAUCAUAGAUGCUGGUCCAAAGGGGAAUUAUUCUCGCUUUAUGAACCACAGUUGUAAUCCAAACUGUGAAACACAGAAAUGGACAGUGAAUGGUGACAUCAGAGUUGGGCUGUUUGCUCUUUGUGACAUUCCUGCAGGAAUGGAGUUAACAUUUAAUUAUAACUUGGAUUGCCUUGGGAAUGGCAGGACUGAGUGUCACUGUGGAGCAGAAAACUGCAGUGGUUUCCUAGGAGUGCGUCCAAAGACAGCAUUUGCAACAGCAAACGAAGAGAAGGUGAAGAAUGCAAAAUUAAAGCAGAAGAAGAGGAAAAUAAAAACAGAACAGAAGCAGAUGCACGAAGACAACUGUUUCCAGUGUGGAGAUGGGGGAGAACUUGUCAUGUGUGAUAAAAAGGACUGUCCCAAAGCUUACCACCUCCUAUGCCUUAACCUGACUCAACCACCCUUUGGAAAGUGGGAAUGUCCGUGGCAUCAGUGUGACAUCUGUAGCAAUCCUGCAGUUUCGUUCUGUGAGUUCUGCCCUCAUUCGUUCUGUAAGGAUCACGAGAAAGGAGCCCUGGUGGCAUCGGCACUGGACGGCCGUCUCUGCUGCUCCACACAUGACCCCAAAUCUCCCGUGGCACCCGAGUACUGGAACAAGAUAAAAUGCAAAUUGGAACCUCAGAAUCCCGUAGAAGAAGCAAAGGAGUGAUUUUU